ACUAACUGUUUAAUUAUGCAAACUUUACUAUCGCCUGCGGCUCGCGCCGGCUACUUCACGGCGGCGCCACCUCCAGCUGUCACGACUCGGCCCCUAGCUUAUCACCUUCCUCUUCGGUCAAUCUCCGACCGCCACGUGCCCAGCCUCCCUCUUUCUUCUUCUUCUUCUUCGUUUUCUUCUCCGUCUCUUUCCUCUUACGCUGCUCCCACCCACAGAGGAUCAAAGCUCUCCUUCAGCACCAUAAGGGCUUCUUCCACUCCAAUUUCUCAGACCUUCACCUCCCCAAACGACGACACCGAAAAGGCCAAGCUCCUUCAGGUAGCCAAAAGGUUAGAGAGCACAGCGAGGUAUUUCAAGAGGUUGGGUAGUUUAGGCUUUUGGGGGCAGCUGGUGAGCACUGUUGUGGCGGCAGUGAUUCUUUCGUUUUCUGUUGUUAUCACCGGCAAGGUUUCGUCACCGCCUACUUUUUAUGCCACUGCCGGUGGUAUUGUGGCGGGUUUCGUCUCCGUGUUUUGGUCAUUUGGGUACAUUCGCCUCUCGGAUAAGCUUCGAAGAACUGCAAGUGACCCUGCAAAGGCUCCUCCGCGCGCUGAUGUUAUAAAAAGCUUAAAGAAUGGCAUCAUUCUGAACCUUUUGGGUAUGGGUGCUGCUGUUCUUGGCAUGCAAGCAACGGUGGGACUGUUGGUUGCUAAGGCUCUUACUACCUCUGCGAAUCCAUAUCAGGGUCUCACUCCUGGUUACAGUCCUGUUCUUGCCUUGGAUGUAUUCUUGGUUCAGGCAUCGGCGAACACUAUCCUUUCUCACUUCUUGGGACUUGUUUUCUCGCUAGAGCUGUUGCGCUCAGUAACAUUGCCACCUUCAGAAGGCAUUCCCAGAUUCGCAUAAGUUUCAUCUCUACCGUUGGUGUAUCUUGUUGAAGACGCUUUGAAGCCGCAGUUUUGCAAGUGUUUUUCUCAUCUCCGGGAUGUUAUAGGACAAACGCGUUUCUGUAUUAUUUUCGUAGGUUUUGCUGCCUCUUUCCAAAUGCGUGUUUGCGUACAAGAAUUAUGGUAGGGCAUCGGGUGUUAGCACUGAAUACAAAUAAAAUGAUAUCGCACGGUCAACAUUCAGUCCA